UAAGAUUUAUCAUGCAGGUGACAGCAGGUCUAGUCUUCUAAAAAAUGCCUAUCCGUUAAACUUUUUGCGAAACUUUAUCACAAAAAUUUUGUAAUAAAUUUGUAACAAUUAUGGAAAUUAUUGAUUCAUUGAAAAUCGGGAAUCGGAGCGGGUUGCGGGACGGUCCGAGCGCUCGGGUGCGGGAGCGGGUGCGGGAAAGUUUUUGAUCGUGAAAGUGCGCUCGGGACAUGAAAAACUGCAAACGGGUUACGGGACAUCACUGGUGGCGUUGUUGCUGUUACGUAAGUACAGGUUACGACGACCCACGUACGGUGACGGCUACGUUGUUCAUCAGUUCCUUUAGCGUGCCACCGUCCACAAUCCACAGCUACCGUUUAUACUUUAUAGUGCGUAACCGAUCCCACUUAGCAGUCGUUGCAAGCUCCAAGCUGAAUGCUGUUGAAGGUUCAAAAAUUUUCGUUCUGAUGUUUGUACAUGAUUUAUUCUAGUUUGCGAAUUACGUCAGAAAUGUACAUCAACAGUGCCGCUGGACUUAGUUUCGGAAUCUGCCGUUGAUGCCAGCGAUAUGGAACGUAACGCUAGAAGAUCAGACAAACGCUCUCGUGAGGUUUUUGACGAGGAUUCUCCCGUUCCAUCGGGAGCAGAUGCCUCUCGGUCCAUGCAAACCCAUAACGAAUCCAAUGCAGCUAACGAGUCCAUUCCAGGCUUCUUUUAUGAUGCUGCUCGUAAGCGUUACUUCCGAACUGGACACGGAGCUCCCGAGAACAACUUCACCGUUCCCGUUUCUCAGUUGGUUCCUAAACGCACACGGCCGCGCUACCCCUGGAUCCAUCCGGAAAUUGUAAAUUGCACGUCCAAAGUGAAUCUUCUGACAAGCUGGGAGUUGGCCCUGCCUGGAGAACCGUCGUAUCGCUCUCGACGCAGCACCGUCGGUGCGUACAAUCAUGCCAAUCUGGCCAAAAUCGGAUCGACACCCGCAAUGUACAAAUGGGCUGCCACGCAGAGCAACCAGUCGUCCGUCCAGUAUUCUCCCUUCUUCCACACUGUUGAUGUUCUGCUGAACGCUGAACACCCGAGAGCAUUUUUUGUUGCGCAUUCAUCCGGGCAGCGGACCACGGGAGUUCCCGCAGGAAAUGGAGCGGAAUUCCGCACAGCCAAUUUUGAAUGGAAAAAUAAUGAACUCUUAGCCAGCGAUUUCCGCGUAUUAAAAGCCGGAUCGCUUUUGCCAGCCGAACUGUGUACCAUUCAUUCCGUGGCACUUUUUCCGCCUGGACGAGCAUUUUUCAGUUGUGUAGCCGCCAGUGGGACGUACCGUAUCGGGUUGUGCAUUAGCGAAACAGCCACCGGAAUCCAUUCGAUGCCCGUCAUCACAUCUCAUGACAUUGUGGCUGCCGACAAAACACAAGCGCGUGUCGCUACGGGAUCCCGAGAGUCAUCAGAAAUCCGCCUCUUUUCGUUGGACAACAUGCAGUUUUCGUCUGUUGUGGUCACGGAUGACGAGCACGCUGAAGUGUUUUGCUGCAGUCUGGAUUUCACCACCAGUCAUCCGGACGUCCUCCUGGUGGGCACCAAUCGCGGUUCUGUUGUACAGGUCGACCAUCGUCAAGAUCGUUGCACCAGUAUUAUUAGUGCGGAUGUUUGGAAAGAAAUUGGAAUUACAGGGAAGUGCACCGUCAAGAACAUAAAAGCGUGCAAUACUCAGAAUCGAUUUAUCACGAACAUUGCUGGACUUCCGUUGGAAUCUCCUAAGAUGCAUUUAUGGGAUGAGCGCUAUGCGAAGUCGCCUUUGUCGUUUUUCGAAGAGACGACCUUUUCGUUCUCUCGGGAAUCGUUUCCGAUUAGUCUUUCAUCGGAUGAUACUUUGGCUGUUUGCUCAGAUGCAGAAGGAACUGCUCGAUUAUGGGAUGUGAAUUCGGGACUUUUGAUGGCAAAGAUCCCCGUUCGUAACUAUGAUAGCGAAUCUACUGAGCCAAACUGGUUGCCACCUGUUGCUUUCUAUUCAGACACCUGCGCUACAUUCGCUGGACAGAAGGCUUUGGUGAUUGCUCACAGGGGAAGUGAUCCUCGCUUGUCCGUGAUUUCUUUGUAAUGCAGAAAGCGUAUUAUAAAUGUGCGGCUUAAUUGUCAAAAUUUCGGAAGCAUUUUUUAUUGUGUAUGCUGGAGAGUGGCCUUUCAUAUACCGCAUCCAAAAAGGCGGACAUGAUGAUGACUUGUGCUGUUGAUUGUUGGUGGUGGCAUAUUUCUUGUUAAUGAUUUUUUCUGUCAAUCAAUGUACAAUAUGGUUUUACUAGAAAUUUUUUACUUGUACUGUAAUUUUAAAGGAGAAAAAUCGUUUCCUGUG